UGUAGAAUUUAUGUAUGUCCACAUGUACAGUAUAUCUGGAUGUUAGGCAGGAGGCGUGUUAUACUGAGUACCGACACGGGCAGUGCAGUAAUCCUCUAGAAGGAAUUUUCUCACGCAUCCUAUGCUGUUGCUCUUCUGUGGGCAAAGCUUGGGGUGGAGGGGACACUGGAACCAGCAGAUGUGAACCUUGCCCACGGUCAGGAACUCAGGCUCAUCAGGAACUGUGCCCCAAAGGGAAUGGCUUCAUUGAUCGCAAGGAUAUUAACGAAUGUACGGAGUUCCCAGGAAUGUGUAGCAAUGGUCGCUGUAAGAAUACGGUUGGAGGUUUCAGCUGCAAGUGCAACCAGGGCUAUGCACUGGAUGAAAAUGGCAUAAAGUGUAUUGAUAUUGAUGAGUGCAGUAUCUUGCAUGGUGUGUGUGGAGAUGGAACAUGCCGAAACACACCAGGCAAAUUUAUCUGUGAUUGCAAAGAAGGAUAUGAGAGUACUAUGAUGAUGCAGGUGUGCAUGGGUAAGCAAUAUGACUUAUUACAGGCAGAGCAUGACUGGAACCUCUAAGAUCACAAGUAAGAAUGUCUUCUUCUUCUAUGGCUCUCCGGUCCGUAUUCGGUACAUAGCCUCCUCAAUUCUCC